CGUAAGCUCUGGCCCCGGUCGCCCGGCUGUCAAGAUGGCGGCCCCCAGGAGCUGUGGUCUAUGGAGUUACGCCCGCGCGAUGAGGAGCUACAGGUUCUCAGGGCUUCGUAGUUCCUGGCCCGGGAGCCUGCUGAGCCCCCGCCUUUUGUCCCAAGAGAAGCGAGCACCGGAAACGCACUUUGGGUUUGAGACUGUGUCGGAAGAGGAGAAAGGGGGCAAAGUCUAUCAGGUGUUUGAAAGUGUGGCCAAGAAGUAUGAUGUAAUGAAUGAUAUGAUGAGUCUUGGUAUCCAUCGUGUUUGGAAGGAUUUGUUGCUCAGGAAGAUGCACCCAUUACCUGGGACCCAACUGCUCGAUGUUGCUGGAGGCACAGGUGACAUUGCAUUCCGGUUCCUUAAUUAUGUUCAGGCACAGUAUCAGGGAAAGCAGAAGAGGAAGUUAAGAGCCCAACAAAAUUUAUCCUGGGAAGAAAUUGCUAAAAAGUACCAGAAUGAAGAAGAUUCUCUGGGCGGCUCCCGUGUCAUGGUCUGUGACAUCAACAGGGAGAUGCUAAAGAUUGGAAAACAGAAAGCGUUUGACCGAGGCUACAAAGCUGGACUUGCAUGGGUACUGGGAGAUGCUGAAGAACUGCCCUUUGAUGAUGACAAGUUUGAUGUUUACACCAUUGCCUUUGGGAUCCGGAAUGUCACACACAUUGAUCAGGCUCUCCAAGAAGCCCAUCGGGUCCUGAAACCAGGAGGGCGGUUUCUCUGUCUGGAGUUUAGCCAAGUAAACAAUCCCCUCAUAUCCAGGCUUUAUGAUCUAUAUAGCUUUCAGGUCAUUCCUGUACUGGGAGAGGUUGUUGCAGGAGACUGGAAGUCCUAUCAGUACCUUGUAGAGAGCAUUCGAAAGUUCCCAUCACAGGAAGAAUUCAAGGAGAUGAUAGAAGAUGCAGGUUUUCAGAAAGUGACAUAUGAAAGUCUAACUUCAGGCAUUGUGGCCAUUCAUUCUGGCUUCAAACUUUAACUCCUUUUCUAUCCUGGAACAUGAACCAGUCAUGCCUGUUAAAUGCUUGGAGCUGAAGAAUAAUCUGACUGAUGAGGCAGCAGCUGAGCAACUUAAGGAUAAGUACCCUGGACUCAAGUUCUGAAUCAACCAGUCUCAAAGAGGAAGAAACCAAUUCUGUCAUUUUCUGCAGCUUUCAUUAGGAGCUGCUUGGGCCUUCUCCCAAAGGCAUUGGUCAGUUGUUUGGUUCAACUCCUGCCAACUUCUCUUAGCUAUGCAUUGUUGGAUUCAGGUAAAACUAGCACUGAGCACUAAAGCACAGUUUUGAGGUACAUUUGUAGCUUUCUAACAGUGCUGCCUCCCAAAGGAAGGAUCAUUUGAACCCAAUGAUGAUUUUGAGUCAGAAAGCUUAAUUGCACCUGAAUCAUCUUUCAGCCUAGGACUGAAUCUAGGGCCAGAAGCCAAAGCCCCAAUCAAAAGGCUAACAAUCAACACUCGAAUUCUGGGCCCUAGGUAUAUAGCACAGUGGCAGACUUUGUGCUUGGCACUUGUGAGACUCUAAGCUCUAUGCUCAUCAUUCCCCCCACCAAAAAAAACCAAAAAACAAAAAACCUUGAAUUGUAUGUUGAACCAGUAAAUCAGUUACAAUUUGAAUGAUUAGGAAAAUA